UCACGUAGUGAGUGAACGUCAUGCCAAGGGGUCAGUCCAUUGGAUCGCAUGGUCACUCUGGUCACGCUUGCAGACAAUGGACCACAUGGACCGGUUGUAGAGUUUUUCAACCAGCCGAGGAAUUUACUCAAUGCAAAUCGAGUCGAAUCCCGCAAAAUAACCAGUUUUAUGGGCUGCAUCUCAUUCCGAUAAACCGUAAACCUUACUAAUCUAAAAAAAAUGCCAGAAGUGGAUAACCAACGGACGGCAGUGAUAGUGAACUUUGGAAAGGUUAUUGUGUCGUGAAUAAAAACAAAUUAGUGCAUGUGACUCAGUUAUGGAUAAGGGCAUUCACCAUACCAUAUGGAUAUGAUCAAUCCUUGUCUUGACGAACCUUUUUUAACAUCUGAUGAUAAAACUAAGAGGUGCAGAGUGCUCACAGAGUUAAUAGAGACAGAAAGAGUUUACGUAGCUGAGCUUCAUACUAUAUUAACCGGUUAUAGAGAUGAAUUUUUCGCUGAAGACAUGCAAAAUAUUGUACCAACUAAUUCAGCAGAGGUGAUAGACGUGAUAUUUGGAAAUAUAGAUGAGAUCUUCAACUUCCAUUCGAAUUUCCUCAAGGAUUUGGAGGAAUGUAUUGAUAGCACAGGACGUGUCGCUUCAUGCUUCAUGCAGCAGAAAGACAAUUUUUACCAAUUAUAUAGCUACUACUGCCAGAAUUUGUCGGCAUCAGAACAAGUACGAGAGAGUCUUGUUGACUCCUUUAUGUUUUUCGAAACAUGCCAGAAAAAGCUGGGCCAUAAACUACCUCUUGCAGCAUAUUUGCUGAAGCCUGUACAGAGGAUAACCAAAUACCACCUUUUGCUGAAAGAACUACUACAGUAUCUAGACGAUUCCAGAACAACCCAACAAGCUCUAGAAUGCAUGCUGGUUGUCCUUCAGAGAGUAAACGACAGUAUGCAACAAGUGUCAAUAACUGGAUCAACAUUAGAUAUUCCCCUACAAGGAAAGAUGCUCCUUCAAGGUGAAUUUUCGGUUUGGACUGAAAACAAGAAGGACAUUCGUUUGAGGCUAAAACCAUCAAGACGCCAAGUGUUCCUCUACCAAAGAUCAAUGAUUUUCUGCAAACUAGUGCCUAAAACAAGUCAUAACAAAUCUUCCUAUCAAUUCAAAUUUCAUCUCAGGUUAUCACAAAUUGGACUUACGGAAUCGGUGAAAGGUGACCCGAAGAAGUUCGAGGUAUGGUUGAGAGGAAGGUCGGAGGUUUACACGUUGCAGGCUGUUGAUGUUGAACAGAAACAAGCGUGGGUCAGUAAGAUCAAGAGGGUGCUUCUGGAUCAGUUGGAGGAGUUGAGAGGGGAGAAAAUUAAAGAAUAUGCUCAAACACACAGAAGUCUGAGACAAACCACUUCGUGGGAAACUACAACCAGUAUAGACCACUACACCAGUUCAAACAGAGCGUUAAGUUGUGACUCAGAAAUCAGGACUUAUCGUUAUGAAGAUGCUGCAGAAUUCUCAGACUGCAGUAAUAGUGAAGAUGAGGAUCAUCACUGCCAUACAUUCAUUCCUGGCAGAAAAUAUGUAGCACUCGCAGAUUAUUUUGCGGUGGGAGGCAGCGAAGUAAAUAUGAAAGAGGGUGAUAUUGUUGAGCUCUUAAAAAUUGGCUGUGCUGGAUGGUGGUAUGUCAGAUUGUGUGGAUCCUCAGCAGAAGGUUGGGCUCCAGCAGCAUAUCUGGAGAACAUUUACCGUAGGUCUUCUGGAAGUAGCAGCAGAAGCCAAGAUUAAUAUUGGAAGCCAAUAUAAAGUAUUAAUAACCUUCAGCAAUAAUAUUCUACACACAAGUUCAUCUUCUCAGCCGAGGACUUGAGAAUGUUCUUUUUCUAGUUGAAAUUCUGAUGUUGUUUUAGCAUAGACUUUUUUUACACUAAUAAAUAACGAUAAUGC